AUGGCUCGAGACGCGAAGCGACCCCUGGGCUGGCGCACCUGGCGAGCUCGUGCUCAGGUCGCGCACGGACAUGAAGCUUGGGAUGACAAAUGCUGGAGGACAACAGCUAAAGCUAAAGGGUCUCUUCAGCGUGGCACCGUCUUCUGCGCUCACGUGGAAGACCCGCUCGCCUGGCAGCGGACGGGAUUGUACAAAUACUUAGUAGUGGCCUGGGAUCAGAGGAAAGACGUGUACGAGGCCUGGGAGGCAUCUGGCCUUCAUACCAGAUUCUUCUCAGAAGAUGAAGUCUCAGCUGGAGUGGCGCUCUUGGAGGAUAUUCGACAGAAAGAGGACAUGCGCAGCUGGUGGACAGAUGGUGAUCUUCCACCUUUGCCUCCGUUCGAACUCUGUGGAGGCUCGGUGGGCAGUGCUCGGUGGCGUGGUCCAGGUCGGGACAUUGUAUUUCCACCCCGAGUUUCUGGUUACAAGCCGUAUGGAACGCUGGAGCUUGCUGGGCCGCUCCUUUUUUAUCUACAUUCGAGGCGUCUCAAGGACGAGGGCUUCAAAGAUGUGGUCGACAUAGGAGCAGGCCAUGGCCGCACCGCUGCCUGGCUCACCAACGCCUGGGGCUUCCAGGUCCGGGCUUUCGACGUCAUUUUCCCCGAAAGCCCAGAGUUCAAUGUGGAGAUGUUCGAUGGUCGACAGCUUCCGUUGGAGAGCAAGAGUGUUGACUGUGCUCUUUUUUCAUUCGUGCUCCAUCAUUGCCGGCACUUCGAACUGCAGAGGGCCCUGCUUCAGGAGGCGGCACGCGUGUCCAGAAGCUGGAUAGCCGUCUGUGAAGACACCCCAGAGGAACCCAUCCACUGGAAGGGAACUCGAGGACACGACCAUCUGGGCCAGUUUAACUCAGCCACCGACUGGAUGAAGAUGUUCAACAAGAUAGGACUCAAGCUAUUGCGCCGGGGACAACUCUGGCAAGGUCCGCGGAAAGGUCCAAGCCCUUACUUCUGCGCAAGAUCUUUCUUCAUUCUCGAGGUGCCUGCUGACCUUUGUCCGCUGCCAGCAACAGGGCCAGUCGGUCUUUCUGGAUGCGGCUGUUUGCCCGCGAGAGGGGCAACUGCGGAGCAGAGGGUACUGACAGAUGAUGAGCGUCGAGGAUUGCUCAAAGCAGCCAUGGAAGACGACCCUGUUGGAGCUGAGAUCAUUGGAAACAUCAAGGAUCGCUGGCUCAGCUGUGCUCAAGAUGGAAGUGAAACGAUCUUCUCGACUUUCUCGCAGCUGAAGCUGCCUUCCAGAGUGCAGCGCAACCUUCAGCUCCAAGGAAUCUCGAGGCCUUCUCCAGUCCAACGUGAUGCCAUUCCUGCAGCUUUAUCAGGGCAAGAUCUUGUGGGUGUCGCUGCCACUGGCAGUGGGAAGACCCUGGCAUACUUGCUGCCGCUGCUCCUUCGUAUCCUCUCUGCGGGCACUCCAACCGGUGCAUUUGGUCUCGUACUCCUUCCGACGCGCGAGCUGGCACUUCAAGUGGCCGCAUGUGCCGAAUCAUUGAUCGGCCCUGGCGAGCAGGACGAACUUGGCCAGACUUGUUCCGGUGGCGGUGGCGUCGACAUUGAGAAGAAAUGUGGUGACGAAUUGUCUCGAAUCUCUAUCGUUUCCAUUUGGGGAGGGGCCCCACGAUGGGAACAGCAGCAUCAGCUGCAGCAUGGGAGGAAGUGGCCAGAGUGCCAACUUCCAGGCCAUGCGUGGGUGAUUGCUGCCACACCAGGGCGCCUGCUUGAUUUGGUUUGUAGUGAGAUGGACGAAGGUCGCCACCCAUUGCAAAGCGUACGGGUGCUGGUGCUUGAUGAGGGCGACAGGAUGCUGGAAGAGGGUCUGGGAGACCAGCUGGAUGCUGUGGCACGCCGCGCAGCACCGCUGCGCCAGACCCUCUUCUUCUCGGCGACAUGGUGUGAAGACAAGGUCGGGAAACAAGCCGCUUGUUUUUGCCGACAAAUUCCGGCCAUCCUACGAAUUGGGUCAGGUGAGUCAGCUGAAGAUUCGUUGAGGCAGAGUGCUCUGGCAAACAGGAACAUUCAUCAGAUCGUCGAGGUGUUCGAUGCUGAAGAGUCGGAGGAAGAGCGAGAAGAGCGGAAGCUGUCUCGGCUUCUUGAGCUUCUGAGAGUCCUGGCUGUCUACAGACAAUCCGUCGACAAAGGCGAGGACAGUGAGAGUCUUCAAAAGGCUCUCGUAUUUUGCAUGACGAAGAAGUUUGCAGAUGCUUUGGUGGCGAAGCUCAGCGCAUCGGGCUGUGUUGCCGUGGCCGUCCACGGCAACAAGACGCAGACAGAGCGCCUGCAGAACCUGGCCGCUUUCGCAAGUGCCACCUUGCAGCUCGGCAGGCAGGCCCCUCGCAUUCUGGUGGCGACAGAUGUACUGGGCCGCGGGAUCGAUCUUCCCAAUGUGACACACGUCUUCGUCUACGACAUGCCAGGCUGCAUCGAGGAUUAUGUGCACCGCAUCGGACGCACAGCGCGAGGCUUGGAUGGCCAGGGCAAGUCCAUCACCUUCUUUGAAUUUACGCCCUGCGUGCCAAAACUUGCAGAGGAGCUGGCUCAUCAUCUGGCUGACACUGCGCAGCACAUUCCCGUGGAGCUGAAGCGAAUAGUGGAGGAAGUUGCAUCUGGAAGCCGAGCUCCGGGGAAGAAACCCCGGACCAGCCAGGGUGAGACGAACGAGCAGCAGACAGCCGGUUUUCGCGCGGAUCUGGCCACGCCAGAAGAGCUUGGUGACUGGAACGCUGGUGGCUAUCGGCUCUUCAGCUUUUAG